AAAAAAAAGGACAAAGAUUUUGGCAUUAGAAUAUUGAGUCAGGGCAUUAUAUAUAUGCACACGGACUGGGAUCUUUAUGGUUCAGACAAUCUGAGAACUAAUAAAGUUUUGAGGAUCAGAAGCAAAACAUGGACGAGGGCUUGUCAGGCUUUUGCAUUAGAUCAUCAUCAGGAAGUGUCCGUGGCAAAAGUGGCACCAAGUGUGGGCGUUGGAAUCCCACCACUGAACAGGUUAAACUUCUAACUGAACUCUUCAGAUCAGGGCUCCGAACCCCAAGCACUGACCAGAUUCAAAAGAUCUCCACUCAGCUUAGCUUUUAUGGCAAGAUAGAGAGCAAGAAUGUCUUCUAUUGGUUUCAGAACCAUAAGGCUCGGGAAAGACAGAAGAACCGUAAGCUCUCCUUUGAUGAUCACAAGGAUCUCAUUUGUAGACAAAAUGCACCUUCUACACAAAGUCUUGCUGAGAUGUACCAAGUUUCAAAGCCAGAUAGGGUGAUUGAGACUCUUCAACUCUUUCCCUUAAAUUCCUUUGGUGAAUCUGAACCAGAGAAGUUGAGGUUGCGUGCAAGUGAAUGUCGGGAUAAUAAUAAUACAAUGUUUUCAUACACGAUGGGUGAACAAAUGGAGCACCCACCAUUAGACCUGCGCUUGAGCUUUCUGUAAAAGAAGUCUCAAUCUUUUCUGUGGUGGUGGUGUGGGGGGAGAAGAUUUUGUUUUAAUAAAUUCAUUCUUGUUACUGGGUGAACUUAGGUUUAGCAUAAAAAGAAAACAUUUAGGGAUGUAUCAUCAUGGACCGUUUAAUUAAAAAAAGAUGUAGCUUAUCAGAUUGAUAUUUAGUUUACCUUUUCUUUUUUUGAGAAGUAUAUUUAGUUUACCUAGUGAUCAGUUUUAGUUCCAUCUAAAAUAUUAUAAAUGCCUAGACAUUCUCCUUCAUGUUCCUUCAUUUUGGCUUUAUCUCGCUGAGUAUAUUCUGUUGGAUUAUACUUGGAUAGUACUAAUAGAAUAUUAUGACGGA